UUCCCGGAACAAAUGGAUAGUACCUACACAAGAAAUAGUAAUGUUGACCCUCUCUUUUUUUUCCUUUACUCUUUUUUCUUCUCCUCUUUCUUAGGAUCUUAACAAAAAAGUUUGAAUCUUUCCCAUUUUUUUCAACAAGAAAAAGGAAAAGAAGAAAAAAAAAAUGGAGCUGAGAAGUAAAUUUUUGCCUCAAUACAAACUUCAACAGCCUCAAUUUACUUGGGUUUUCUCUAAACAAGGGAAAAAUAAACCCCUUGUUGUUGUCAACAUUUUUAGCAGGGAGGCUUUUCCCGUUUCAUAUGAUAGAUGGAAAAAUAUUGAAGUACAUUGCAAUAACGACCAAAGUAUCUGGCAGACACCCCUGUCAAAGCAGGACAAUGCGAAGUUACCCGAGCUAUCUUUUAACCGGCUGCAGCAGACUGAUGACGGGUACUGUGGAUUGCAAAAGCGGAAUUUUGGUCGUUUCAUUGCUCGUGAGGUCGUGCUGGAUGAAGAAUAUUGGACGGCAGCCUGGCUACGGGCAGAAGCUCAUUGGGAAUCUGUGUCCUAUAUGAGGCAUGUUGACGCAUAUAAAAGAAAGUAUGCCGAACAGGAGUUUUAUGCUUUAAAGAGAAGAUGUUCUGGUCAGGAUGGAAAUUGCUUGAAGUGCUUUUGUUUCGUUGCGGUCAAAAAGGAAGAGAAAAAUGUUAGAAGAACAAUACUUAACAGCGUGGUGGGAACUUUGGACCUGACAAUCCGACAAUUUGUACAAAGGGAGAGAUACCCAGGGGAAAUCAAAAGGUUAUCUGCUAUAUUGGCACGUCAAGAUCCCUUUGAUUCACAUAAAUACGCUUACAUUGCAAAUGUUUGUGUUGCAAAGUUUGCUCGACGUCAGGGUAUUGCUUCAAAUAUGAUACAUUUGGCUGCUGAUGCGGCCGCCUUACAAGGUUUCAAGCAACUAUUUGUUCAUGUAAAUGCAGACAACAUACCUGGCCAGGAACUAUACAAAAAGACUGGCUUUAAGAUUGUGGAAGAAGCUUCGUCGUCUCUAUCAAAAGAACAGAGGUUACUUAUGUCCUUGGAAUUAUAAGCUCCAUUGCUACUUCACUUCCUGACUAAAGAGGAUGUGUUAGUUUGUAUAUUUACAUGGUCUGAAGCCAAUAGCUUGUUGGUAGACCUAUGUAUCUUUGGGUAGACAACUAGCUAGUUACAGAGAAUGUAAUAUAUUUGUAAAAAGUUGUAUGAUUUUAUAUCAGUUGGAGUUAGCUAAAUUAGCUUGUGGGACUACACAGGGUCGUUGUUGUUAGCUAAAUUAGUAGUGAGUGAGAGCCAUGUUACAUGGACUAGUGAACGGGUACGUAUUGGGUACGCGUUUAUUUAAGUAUCCAAUACGAGCACGUCCAGUUAAAAUUUUAGUGUAUUUUGAAGAAUUCAGACUAUGUAUUCGUACUCGUGUCGGACCUUUCUACAUGAAUACGUCAAAGACAAAUGAUUCAUGUAACAUUUGAUUAUUAUCUUUGUUAUUUAUUUUCUUUCAAUGCUGAGAAUUGACUCGUCA